AUGGUUCGGAAUCUCCGUUUAUGGAUGUUGGUCCUCUGUUUUUGCCUUGCAAACUCCGCGUUUAAAGCAGUUACGGAAGAUGAAAACGACGAGAGAAAGCCUUACAUUGUGUACAUGGGAGAUGCGGGUGAGAAUUAUCAUGUUGAAGCCGCCGAAGACCAUCAUAAUAUUCUAUUGACAGUGGUCGGAGACGAGAGCAAAGCAAGAGAACUUAAAAUGUAUAGCUAUGGAAAGAACAUUAAUGGAUUUGUGGCAAGACUUUUUCCUCACGAAGCAGAGAAGCUAUCACGCGACGAAGGAGUUAUAUCGGUGUUUAAGAACACUCAAAUACAGCUUCACACGACAAGAUCAUGGGAUUUUCUAGGCUUUGUUGAGUCUAAAUACAAAAGAAAUGUAGCAGUAGAGAGUGAUAUUAUUGUAGGAGUUCUUGACACAGGAAUCGAUAUCGAGUCACCGAGCUUCGAUGACAAAGGCUUUGGACCACCUCCAGCUAAAUGGAAAGGAAAAUGUGUCACUGGAAAAAACUUAACUCGUUGCAAUAAUAAAGUGAUAGGCGCAAAGUACUUCCACCUCGACCAACAGAAUUUUGUCGAUGACCAUGGAGACACCGCCGCGGAUUACGAAGGUCACGGGACUCACAUAUCUUCCACAAUCGCCGGUGUUUCAGUCUCUGACGCUAGCCUUUUCGGAAUCGCCAACGGGACAGCACGAGGCGGUGUUCCUUCUGCAAGAAUAGCUACUUACAAGGUUUGCUGGGAGUUGGACGGAUGCUCGGCCAUGGACAUGUUGGCGGCGUUCGACGAUGCGAUUUCUGAUGGGGUUGAUAUGAUAUCGGUUUCGAUCGGAGGAUCCUCGCUCCCGUUUUUUUCAGAUCCGAUUGCGAUCGGAGCGUUUCACGCCAUGAAAAGAGGUAUCUUGACAACGUGUUCCGCAGGCAACACCGGUCCCGAAUUAUUUACGGUGUCCAACCUCGCGCCGUGGGUAAUGACCGUCGCGGCUAACUCAAUCGACCGGAAGUUCCAGACUGUUUUCAAGCUCGGAGAUGGCCAAACCGCAUCUGGAAUCUCUCUAAACGGAUUCUCUCCAACGAAGAAAAUUUAUCCUCUGACGAGCGGUUUGCUUGCGUCUAACGUAACUGCAGGUGGCUAUGGAGAGCCAAGUGUUUGUGAGGCUGGAACAAUGGGGGAAGAUAAAGUGAUGGGGAAGGUGGUUUACUGUGAGGCAGCACCUGAAGAAGGAGGAGGCAGUGGAGGUGAAGACCAUAUUGUGAGAUCCUUAAAAGGAGCUGGCGUCAUCAUUCAGCUUCAAGAACCGACUGAUAUGGCCUUUGUAACUGUCAUUCCUGGCUCUUAUGUCUUCUUCGAAGACGGUACAAAGAUCUCUGAAUACAUCAACUCCACCAAAAAUCCUCAAGCGGUUAUCUUUAAGACACAAACAAGCAAAAUGUUAGCUCCUUCGGUUGCUACCUUCUCAGGAAGAGGGCCUCAAAGAAUCAGCCCAAGCAUUCUUAAGCCUGACAUUUCAGCUCCCGGACUAAACAUACUUGCGGCACUCUCGAGGCUAGAAUCGUUAACCGAUUAUCCAGACGAUAAAAGACAAACACUUUUCUCCAUCAGGUCAGGAACAUCAAUGGCUUGUCCUCACGCAGCAGCUGCAGCGGCUUAUGUCAAAUCUUUCCAUCCUGAUUGGUCUCCAGCCGCAAUCAAAUCCGCACUAAUGACAACAGGCAAGUAA